ACACCUUGGCCAAAAGGGUUGUAUUGCACAGGUUGUUCUCAUCUCUCUCUACACACACAAAUUUUGCAAUGUGGUGUUUGGCUAGUUACAAAAAUAUUCCAAAUCCAGACUUAUACACAAAAACCUAAACAUAUUGUCAUAAAAUUGUAUUCCUAAUAAUAUCGCGAAUUAUUUAUUUAUUUAUUUAUUUAUUUAUUUACGACAUCCAACUGCGCAAAUUUCCUUAUCAUUCCAUCAUUCACUCACUAUUGGUCAGUUUUUUAUACAUGCAUAAAACUCAAGAUGGGUUAGAUUACAGUGUACUAUUAUAACUGAACUGACAUUAGCAUGAUAUUGGCACGACUAUUAAUAAUGACAUGUACUUUGAUAUUACUUUCUGCACACAUAUGUGAUUUAUUAACCGAUUGUAUUUAGAACUACGAGUUAGCGAGGUAGGUUACAAAAAAUGGAAAUUCGCAUUACUUUGUAACGGGAUUUAUCUAUAAAAAAAAUAGCUUUAUACAAAUCUCUAGUCAGUAACAGUACUGGUAAAAAGUAUACACAAAGAUUUACUGAGGAAAUAAAAGAAAUUGCGAGGAAUGUUGUGAUUCUCACUCUAAAUUAAAUUUAAACCUUUGCAAGUGUGAUUACUGCUGUUCUUAACGGGACAACGUGCAUAAAAUACUAAUUUAUAAGACAAGAUGACAUCCAGCAGUAUAAGCGGAUCUAGGUCAUCUUCCAUCUCCCACCAGCCGCAACAGCGCUAUCCGUACUACCAAGAUGCUGUCAGGAUAUUUGUGCAGCAGGUCAGUAACAGUGGUGAAGAUGAGGAUGGGGAGAUAAUAAAUAAUUCAUCCGACCCUAUGACCACAUCCACGUCUUCUAUUGGAAAUUCUACUGGCGCAAGUCGAAGAUUUUCGGUGGAUCCACAGCUAACAAAUUUUGAUAUUUUAAGAAAUCUCAUCGGUAGAGCCUUUGAUAUGAAGAGGGACUUUGCCAUCUCGUACCGGGCAUUUGAUGAUCUUGGGGGCGAGACCUACCUACCACUCGUUUCCGAUUGGGAUCUCAGUGCUGCAUUCUUAUCUGCCUCAGAUCCUGAUCUGCAGCUUUUGAUUGAACCAAAAAACAAUAUUCCUUCGCAUGAUGUGGAGCUGGACGACGAGCCUUGGGAUGUAGUCCAAUCCACUGAAGUGAUACGCGAUGCUAGUCAAAAUAUUAACCAUACAACGCGGCCCUUGGGUUCUGAAGUCCAUCUCGAUUUUAAAGCAAUGUCCUCAGCAAAUUCAAAUAAUCAUCAUCAUCAUAAUUAUCAAUAUUCAAAUGACCAACAUCAGCAGAAUUAUUACCAGAGUGGUAAUAAAGCAUCAGGAGAAGGAAGCAGCAAUGGGUCAUCGUCCUCCAAAGUCUUGUCAGCAAUGUCUCAACUGGGCGGUGCCGUGAAUCAAUAUCCAAUCAGUUUAAACUCCAAGAUUAACACGGUCGGAAUUUUCAACACGAUGGAAAAGUGGGUUCAAAAGGCAAAGACGUUUGUGGAGGAUUUGUCCGUCGUUACGACGCGCCCACCCCUGUCUGAUGUCGAAUUUAGAAAUUAUCUUGACCCUGGUGGUGUCCUGUGUCGCCCGAGAGAGUUGAGGUACGCCUGUUACCACGGCGGUAUUGAGCCUGGAUUGAGAAAAGUAGUGUGGAAACAUUUACUCAAUAUUUAUCCGAACGGGCUGUCUGGAAAUGCCAGAAUGGAGUAUGUGCGGAAUAAGUCGAAAGAUUAUUACGAGUUGAGAGAUACUUGGAAAAGUUCGGAGUUGAGUGAAGAUAUCCAAUGCAUAAGCAAUAUGGUACGAAAAGAUGUUUUACGAACGGACAGACAUCUGCAGUUUUAUGCUGGACAGGAUGACAAUCAAAAUAUUGCAAUGUUGUUCAAUAUAUUGACAACUUAUGCAUUAAAUCAUCCUUCAGUGGGGUACUGUCAAGGAAUGUCGGACUUGGCUUCCCCACUCCUCUGGACAAUGGGAGACGAAGCUCAAGCAUACAUCUGUUUCUGUGCUUUAAUGGAACGGAUGAAGCCAAACUUUAAUUGUGAUGGGCUUUCCAUGUCAUUAAAGUUUUCCCAUUUGGCGGAAACCGUGGCUUUUUACGACCCUGACUUUUGGUCUUAUCUGAAAAUGAUUGGAGCGGACGAUCUCCUUUUCUGCUAUCGCUGGCUGAUCUUGGAACUAAAGCGAGAGUUCGCCUUUGAAGAUGCCUUGAGAAUGAUGGAAGUCUGUUUUGCCUCACUUCCAUAUAAACCUCAAGAUGUUCCUCUAUUCGAAGUGAAAUUCACACUGAGCAAUGCGCACGCCAUCCCAAUUCAGGUCGCAAACAACAGUCUAACGUCAUCUUACUCUCGAGUUUGUGCUCUGCGACGCUCAUCCACCUCGUUAUGUGGUGGAGGUAGUGGGGGUUUACCAAACGUUAGUGAACUUCGGGGUCGACGUUUUUCCCGGAAACCGAAAGCAAAUCCACUUUCUCUCGAUGAAAAUUCUCUCACUUCCGUGUCCUCAAUUUCUACAUCCCUUACCGGCAGUGGUGGUGGAGGGAGCAGUUUCGGUGGCAGUGUGGUUAGAUCACACACGAAACCUUUCUAUAGCUUGGACGAAACGACAGAAGGUCUAUCAGCAUGCGAUUUCAUGACGGGCUCUCCAUUCGAAAUGCUAAAUCUAGAUGGAAACCUAUCGUCACCAAAACCAAAAAAGCUGAUUAAAAAUCUCAAGGAGUUUUGGACCAUAGCGAAAGGAUCGGAGGAUCCGUCUCCAGACUCGACCCCAUUCUCAUCAAAAUCUUCCACAAUGUCCAACUUGGAAGCGGCCCUGGGUCCAAUGACUUCGGAUUCUGAUUGCAACGGUGGAGCUGUUUUCUUUGAUGAUCUUCCCCCAGAAAAAAUAACGUCGAUAAACUCGCCAAUCUCUGUCAAACGUCAAAACGUUAUUAGUACUAGUAGUCCACCCCUCACCACGAGGUCGCGACACAGUUCUUGUAAUUCAUCUUCUGGAAAAGUAAUUGGAGUAAUUCCACCACGAAUGACAACCUCUUCCAACUUUCCAAUGUCUGCAGUAGCAACAGCCACGCCAACCAAGACUUCUGGUUCCACCUCUUUCAAUCCUAUUUCACCACGAAGAGGAGGGGACGAGCAAACUACGAAUCUCAGUAAAAGUGAAAAUAAGUCUGAACAAUUUGCUAACCACGACGACGAUGACGACAAUAAUUCAUCUUCCCGAGGAGGAGGAGGAGGAUUUCUUCCCAUUCCAACCCCCGCGUCGGAUCAAGAUCCUGAGAGAACAUCACAAACUUCUAAUGCCGACUCAGAACAUGAUUCGGGACAUUGUUACGGAAAUUCGACAGAGUUGUUUGAAUCCUUGAACGAUCCACAGUUUUCGAGGGGACGAGCCCAUGUUAAGAUGCCUUCACCAGAUAUUCUGGGAGGGGGAAAUCCAUUCCUGAUGUUUCUUUGUUUAACGCUCCUUCUCCAACAUCGGGAUCACAUUAUGAAGAAUGGAAUGGAUUACAAUGAGACGGCAAUGUACUUUGAUAAAUUAAUCAGGAAACAUAAUGUCGGCAGGGUGCUCGCCCACGCGAGAAUGUUGUAUUCCGAAUAUUUAAAGAAUAAUGCAGCUCGGGCGUAAACGAGGUGGUAUUUAUUACUCAAAAUUGAGUUUUACUACUACAGAAUCGAAAUUCUAUAAAAGGAAUACAAAUCUAUGUGAAAAAGACAUUCCCAUCAUCGAGUCGAUUUGUUGUAAUAAUUAUUGUUGUAAAUGAGAUUUGUUAUUAAAUGUUGGUACUUAUAAUACAUUUAUACAUAGCACAUUCUUAUGAACAAUGAAUACUAUGCUAAACUUGCUUGAUAAUUCUUCUUGUGUUGUAAAUGAUGGAAACAAAAUAUGAGAUAUUGAUAACCAAAACGAACUGAUGAUGUCACGUUAAAAAUGUUCCACGCACUACAAAAUAAAUACAUAGAUCUUAAUUUCAUAGGUCUGCUGGCUAGUUUGCUUUCCUGCUCCAUGAUAUGUUUUUUUACGGUUUUGGUCAUAAAAAUAACUAAAUGUGAUAUUAGAAUAUGAAAAGUAAUUCAGUAGAUUAUUAUAUUACGGAAAAAAAUUGAUCAUGUUUCAUAAAAUGUUGACGUUGGUUUAAAUUAUCGAAAUAAAAUUGAAAGAAGAUAAGAAACGAAA